AUGGCCGACACUUCAGCAGCAACAGCAGCAGCAGCAGCAGCUGCUGCUGCUGCUGCUGCUGCUGCUGCUGUUGCCGUUGCUGUUCCUGCGCCGACAGACAUCCAACAGUCGCCUCAGCCUAAAUGUCCUGAUGAAGCAGCAGCAGCAGGAGCUGCUGCUACAGAUCCUGCUGCUGCAGAUCCUGCUGCUACAGAUCCCGCUGCUACAGAUCCUGCUGCUGCAGAUCCUGCUGCUGCAGCUCCUGCUGCUGCAGCUCCUGUUGCUGAUGCACCUGCUGCUGCAGCUCCUGCUGCUGCAGAGGAUACAGCGAAAUCAGGGGACAGAAUGGCCGAGGCGGCAGAACCUGCUGCUGCACCUGCUGCUGCUGCACCUGCUGCUGCUGCUCCUUUUUCUGCUGCAGCAGCAGAUGCUGCUGCUCCUCCUGCCGCUGCUGCAGCAGAACGCCAGCAGGAAACAGUCUUCACAGGCGAAGAGAAACACAAACCUGCUGCUGUUCCGCAGCAGCAGGUGGCAGCAGCAAGACAGCAAACAGCAGCAGCUGCAACUCCAGAGGACACAACAACAGCAGCAGCACCAACAACAGCAGCAGCAGCAGCAGCAACAGCAGCACCAGUAGCAGCAACAGGGCUGACGCCUGGUCAGCAGCAAGCCUCAUCGCCAACCCCUGCUGAGCUGCAACGGCAGGUUGCUCCCUGCAGCAUCAGCAGCAGAAGCAGCACCAGCACCAGCAGCCUCAGCAGCAGCAGCAGCAUCACAAAUGAAGAGAUUGAAGCCAUGCUUGCUGCAGUGGAUCUCGCCUUGGAGUUGCGGCAGCCUCCCUCGUUGCUGCUGCCUCCGUCAGCAGCAGCAGCAACAGCAGCAGAACGAACAGCAGCAGCAACAGCAGCAGCUGCUGCAGCAACACCAACCCCAAUGCACAGCACGGCCAUGCAGGCAGAAGCUCUUGCUGCUGCAGCAGGAGCAGCAGCAGCAGCAGACCUUCUCGCCCAGAGCUACAGACAUCAAGCCCCAGAAUCCGCAGCAGCCAGCAGCAGCAUGCAAGAAGCAGCAGCAGCAGUAGCAGCAGCAGCAACAGCAACAACAACAACUGCUGCUGCUGCACUUGCAGCAGCAGAGGCACUCCCACAUGCAAUCUCUGGCGCCCCUCUCUUUCUGGGAGCGGAUACACUUCAACAGCAACAGCAGCAGCAGCAACACCAGCAGCAGCAGCAGCAGCAGCAGCAGCAGCAGACCGAGAACCGCGACAGCAUCAUGCAGAAGCAGCUCCAAUUUCACUUUGCGCUGCUGCUGUCCGCAUCGAUUGAGCCCCUCUUUGACGUUUACAUCCGCAACAUCUUCUCCCCUAUUCUCACUGGUAGCUUCGCCCUACGAACUGCUACGCAGCAGCAGCAGCAGCAGCAGCAGCAACGGCAGCAGCAACAGCAACAGCAGCAACACCCAAGUUUGGGGCCAGGGAGCCGUAGGAUAGUCGCUGCUUCCGUCAGCGGCUAUAGCAGCAGCAGCAGCAGCAGCAGCAGCAUGGAGGGGCGUCGGAGUUCAGCAGCCGAAGAAGAGGGCCUUGAAGAAGAGGCACUGAUGCUCUUGUUAAAAGAGACACCCCGAAACAAUCAGCUGACCGCUGCUGCUGCUGCAGUUUCCGCAGCUUUGGACUGGGUGUACGAAGCGUGCAAAGCACUUGAGGCCCCUGGGGGCCCCCUAACAGCAGCAAGAAGAAGACAGAGUCACACGCUGGCUAUCUGGGCAGCAGCAGCACUUGGCAGCAGCAGCAGCAGCAGCAGCAGCUGCGGCAGCAGCGGCCCCAUAGCUCCUCCAGGCGUUUCCCUUCCCUCGAUGGCUCCCGUUGCUGUUGCUGCUGCCGCUGCUGCUGCUGCUGCUGCUGCUGCGAAUCCUCCCGCUGCCUAUGCUACUCCUGCUGCUGCUGCUCCCGCUGCUACUGCUGCUGUUCCUGCUGCUGCUAUUACUGCUGCUGCUGUUCCUGCUGCUGCUGCUGCUGCUACAAAGCCCGAGCGUUUUUCAAGGGGUGAGGCAUCCGGGAGAAGAGGAGGGAAGGCGCAUUUGCUGCAGCAUCAACGGCAGACAAGUCUGCUGCUGCAGCAGCAGCAGCAGCAGAUGAGUCAGCAGCAGCAGCGGCAGCAGCAGCAGCAGCAGCACCAGCCCCUGCAGCAGCGAGGUAGCAACACGCUGCUGCCUGAUGAUCCCCUCAAAAGCCUCAGCCUGGAGUUCGAUGAAAGCGUCAGACAACUUAGCAGCAGCAGCAGCAGCAGCCGCAGCAGCAGCAGCAGCAGCAGCAGCAGGGGCGGCAUGUCUUCUUCAGCAGCUCUUAUCCGAACACUUGAGUCGUUCUUGAGCAGUCGGAGGAUGAAGAAGCGGCCUGCCGGAGGACGGUUCGCUCGUGCCGCGGGAAACGCCGGCCUGUCAGCGACCCAGCAGCAGCAGCAGCAGCAGCAGCAAAAGCAGCAGCAGCAGCAGCGCAGCAGCAGCAGCAGCAGCAACUGCAGCAUCAGGGAGCUCUUCUGCCAGCAGCAGCAGAAGACAGCAGCAAGGCCACUGGAGCUGCUACCUGUUGCUGCGGCUGGCGGUGCUGCUGGUGCUGCUGCUGUUGGUGCUGCUGAAGCAGACGAAGAGGCGGCAGAAGAAGCAGCAGCAGCAGACCGAUGGCAUUUUGCUGCUGGCAGCAGCAGCAGCUACAGCAGCAGCACAAGCUCCAGCAGCAACAACCCCUCGCCUAACUUGGCGGCGCUGCUGCUGCGGGGAGAAGCAGAGCCCGCAGCAGCAGCAGCAGAGGAAGCAGAGACUGAAGUCCCUCUUAUUGCUGCAGACAUGCAGCAGCAGCAGCAGCAGCUGCCCGAGUCUCGCGGUUUCCAGCAAGGGAGUUCAACAGCCCUGCAGCAGCAGCAACGGCAGCAGCAGCAACAGCUGUACCAGCAGCAACAGUUGCAGCACCAACAGAUGCAGCAGCAGCAACUGUUGCAGCAGCAGCAGCUGUUGCGCCAGCAGCAGCAUCAGCAGCUGCAGCAUCUGCAGCAGCAACAGCAGCAGCAGCAGCAGGAAGGUUCCGUGCAGAUAACGCGCAGUGGGCGGCGCGUAACGUUUGCUUUUAAUGUUUCAGACGUAGCGCGAGAGGAGGAGAACUCCCCAGCAGCAGCAACAGCAACAGCAGCAGCAGCAGCGGCAGCAGCAACAGCAGCGCCAGCAGCAGCAGCAGCACAAGCAGCAGCAACGGCCGAUGGUAGGCGCACCAGCAGAAAACCCAAUGGAGCGCAGGGGGCAUCGAAUGUGGCUCAAUAA